UUCACAUUCCAAGUCAAACAGGAAAAUGAAAAACAAGUCUGCACUAUAGCAAAGAGGGGAGAGAGGAAACGUUAUAGAAGCAACGCAACUCGUUUCAAGCAGCCCUAAAGUGUACCUGAGAAACAUUUUCUUCCCGUUCCCAUCAAAGAUGAUCUGGAGCGUCCUUUUUCUGGGUUUCUUCUUUCUGCAGUCUUGGAGCUGCACUGCCCAGGACUGCCCUAGCAACAAGCAGAUCCUGGUCACCUUAAGUCAAAUUCAGAAACUGCUGUCUGGUCAUGAAGAAUCUUACUUUCAGAAGUUAAGCACUAUGAGGAAGAAAUUGAACCUGCUGCAAGCCACCAUGCACAGACAUAUCUCCAGAGUUAACGAGACCUGUCCUGACCCUGAGAUCCCAGCCAACAGUAGGAAACUAGGAAAUAUCUUCACUGUGGGUCAUGAGGUACAUUUUGCGUGUGAUCCUGGAUUUGAGCUGAUCGGGUCAGAAACUAGAAUUUGUGAGAAGUCUGCCUACUGGAGUGGCCAACAGCCUUACUGUCAAAAGAUAGAAGGAUGUUCUAGUAAACCUUGCUUAAAUGGUGGAACCUGUGUGGAAGAUGACAAUCAUUUUCUGUGCAUUUGUUCCAGAGCCUGGUCUGGAAAAUACUGUCAGAAUCCUACUAACUCCCAUUGGGCUAGUUGGACCAACUCUUCUUUCAGCAGACAACCUCAUUGCACAUCUGUUCAAGGAUCUAUUCAGUGUACUUGUGAUGUUGGUUUCCAGAUGUCUGCAAGAGACAGUAACCUAUGCCAUGAUGUCGAUGAGUGUGAGCUCUACCAGUCUGGACGGUUAUCCCGCAUCUGCAUGUAUGCAUGUGUUAACACUCCUGGCUCCUACCGGUGCACAUGUCCUCCAGGAUACAACCUUGGCCCUGGGUAUCGUUUCUGCAAAGAUGUGGAUGAGUGUGCUGGUCGUCAGCACAACUGCAGCCAGGAUGAACUGUGUGUGAACACAUUUGGAGGUUUUGAAUGUGUUCGACCUGAAUGUCCAAAAACGCGCCAUAACACUAGCUACGUCAAGACAUCCCCAGUACGAUGUGAAAGGAAUCCAUGUCCAGUGGGCAACAAAGUCUGUGCACAGUCUACCUCCUCCAUCUCCUUCCACUAUCAGUCUUUGGUUUCUAACUACACCACUCCUCAUGUACUCUUCAGGAUGUCUGCAAUCCGCCAGCAUGGUGAUAGCCUGCGUUUUGCUGUGGUUGGAGGACGGGGUCGUAGGCACUUUGGUGUGCAGAGAGCAAACAGGCUAACUGGGGAACUGGUGUUAGUCAGCCCUGUAUUGGGGCCCACAGUCUUAGAAGCUGACUUUGAAAUGACAGAGUAUGAUAAGCGAGUUUUGUUGGGCAGAUAUAUUUCCAAAGUGAUUGUCUUUGUUUCACAGUAUGAUUUCUAAUCUUAUUAUGUAAGACAGCAGAGACUGGUAAAGGAACAAAGUUUUGUAUGAUUCAGAUAUUAAAGUGCUUCAUAUAGAUUAUCUUAAGAGCAUGUAUUUCAGGUCAGUCUUGAAAAGUAAAACCAAUCAGUAAUUGAUUUAUUGGUGUAGUAAACACAUUUGUUUUAUCAGACCAUGCUGUUUACAUUUGCUUGGACAAAUGUAUACAAAUCUGAGGUGCUGAAACAUAUUUUGGAGUAAUAUUAUUAUAGUUAAAAGCAUCUACAGUAAUAUGUGGAGUCAAGAAAUAAAAAUGACUGAAUAAGCCUGCUUUGAUGUACAAACAAAUAUUCAUUGUCCUGUCUAGUACUGACUUCUGUCUUGCAUCCAAUGCAUCCAGGGUUGGCUGCAGCUCACUGCAAUUUUAAAAUGUAUUAUGUGGGUUUAUGUUGGGAGAAUGGAUGGCAAACAAUGUCAUCAGUUAAUAAAUUACUCAAGAUGUCUGAUUCAGUGUAUAGAUAGAGUAUUGCUUUUUUCCUCUGAGUCAUUUAAAAGAGCUAUGUCAUAUGAAUGUAAAUUUUAAAAAAAUUCUUCACUUAGUUACUACCCCAAUGCCCUCACUCAUACUCUCAUACAGAAGUUUUUUGGAAGCUAUUGAUUUCGCUUGAUAGCUUAUUCCAAAGCCACUAACCAUUAGUGUAAAGAAGAGCUGUGUUAUUCCUAUUUGGAAGGCAGAUUCUCUUAAUUUUCUCUAAUACUUUAAAGUAUGCAAUUCCCUGUUUUAACUGAGUUUACUCCAUACACUUUUCUGUGUACAUUUGAAGACCUGGAUUAGGUCAUAAGUAGUCUUACAUGCUCAAGACUAAGGAGGUUUACUCAUAAUUAUGUUUGUUUUUUGUAGUAGGACAUGCUCUUAAAUCCACAGAUGCACUUGGCUGCUCUGUUCUGUACAGCUUCUAGAAGAGUUGUCUUUUUGCAGUAGAGUUACCUAAACUGUAAACAGUACCCCAGAAGAUGCCUUACCUGAAUAUUGGGAAAUUUGAGAAUAACAUUAAUUGAUAGAUAUUCAAUUGAUAUUUUAAAAAAACUUAACGCUGUGUUUGGCUUCUAAAUUGCUUCUAUACAUUUUUUUUAACGAUAUAAAGUCCUAAAAUCUUUCUAUAGUUCUUUUGCUUAUAUAUUUAGAAUUAGCAUUCGUUUUUUCCUACAUGUAACACUUUGCACUUAUCUAAAUUA